CGGCGAAACAUUCGCUGUGGACGCCUUCGCGGAUAAUGAAUAUUUAGUGUUUUUUUCUUUAAAAAAGAUGUGCAAGAUCGGUCACAAAUGAUGAUCUUGAUCGGUGUUACAUCUUCUGCUACUUCUGGAUGAAGAAGCUCUAUUUGCUCUACUAUUCGAAAAUGCCAAUUGAUGUGCAUGCGCACCCCCCCCCAAUCCAUGGCGCAUACGACUCUCUGUAAAAAGUUCCUUUAUCUUUUGUGAAUAAAAUGCUCCUUCAUGAUCAUGAUGCUAGAAGCAGAGCUAUGCGUUGACGAGGUCAUCUAAAUUGCAGGCGCAAAAAUGGCCGCCAGGAUCUAUCAUGUCGGAUGACAAGUGAUGACAGAAAAUAAAUAAUAAAUCGCACACUGCAAGGACAACGAACUAUUUUUCAUCAAAGCAAUACCACGCGAAAGUCAUUUUUUGGUACAUUCUUGCAGCAUCAACCAACGCCAAGUAGUUCUUGAAGGUUUUGACAAGCAUUUUCAUCAGCACUGUUAUUUUAGCAUUAGACGCAAAUACGUACUUUUUUGCUUUGAAGCAAUUACUUUGAUCAUUUUUAUCCUGCUGGUUUGUACGACAAACUUGAGUUGAGUUUUCAGCUUUGGCUUUGUUGACAGUUUAUUUGUUGGCUACCAAUUUCAUUCUGUAUCUGUUCACCCUGCCGGUUCUCAAAAAUGUCCGUCCAUCCAGGCAGCCAGGUCGUCUAUGCCCACCAGCAACCGGCUGGGCCCCCCGGGCACUAUGAACAACAAGGAGAGCGCGAGCCUCUGGUCUAUCCUGCUGAUGAUUCCAGCCUCCAAAGGGCUGAGGAGGAGGAGAAGAAGAAGAAGAGUUGUUGUUUGAUCACCACGAUCAUUAUCGUAGUUUCUAUGGUUCUCGUUCUCGGAUUAGCCCUCCUGCUUCUCUACCUGUUCGUCUGGAAUAAGGAAGCCGAGCCGGAGUGGAACAACCUCGCGGGCCAGCAGGAGCGGGUGCAGAUCAACUUGAAGCCCCCACGCAAAGUGGAUGAGAACUACGAUCCGGCUUUCGACCCAAAGACCCAGCGUAUGACCAGCAUGACGCUGAACGGGCAGCCUUUCAGCUUGCUGGAUGAGGAAAAAAGAAAGCAGGCGGUGAGCCAGUACCAAACCAAGGGCUACGCCUUUAUUCAGCCGGAGGACUUCAGCCAACAACAAGACCCGGCGGAAGGAGCUCCUCAGCAGGCCACCUCAUUUCGGAAAUUGCUGGAGAAUUGGCCGGCCGACAAGUUGCGCACGCUACCGGACUCCACCACGUGGCGCACUCUGGUUACUCAGAAAAUCGUCGAAAAGUUGACGCCGAGUGCCCCGAAUCUAAACCAGGAGGAGACGAAUCUGUCGCACAAAAUCUGGAACGAGCAGCUGACAUACGCUGCAAAAGUCGCGAACUUGGACCAAACCGCCAAGGAUGGAGUCAAUGGGUGGCAAGCACCGAGCGCGAGCUUGGAGAAGGACGCGGCCGCGAAUCGAAAGAGCUUCAGGGCUUUGUUUGACAAGCUGCAAACUGCGGUCGCAGCCGCGAACUUGAAGCGCGCCACUGUGAUCGUGGACAGUCGGCACCGCUCCGCCACCGCGAAGAUCGUGGUCAACGGGAUAGUGCCGCUGACCUUCGUGCACACCGAUGUGACCAUGCAGGGCCUUUCGGAGGAGGUGAAGCCGUUCUGGAAAUUGUUGCCGGACCUGCCCAACUAUGAAAGGCAAAAGCAUCGCACUUCUAGUAUGAAUCGCAUUACAACUUUUUAGCUCAGCAUUACAAAUGAAAUUAAUGAAAUCUGUAGGAAGUGAAUUUGUCAUGCGGUUGGCCUGCUGGCUCCAUCCUACCUGUUUUUUGCUUUGCGCUUCAUCCUUGAAAUCUGUAGGAAGUGAAUUUGUCCUACCUGUUUUUUGCUUUGCGCUUCAUCCUUGCCUUUCAGCGGCUUGUCCGCUGGCAGACGGUAAAGAGAUUAUCCUACAGUGGUGAGCAUGCACCCUCGGGCGCUGCAGGUUUGGGCACCUUUCUCUUUACGCGAGCACCUACCCUGCUUCGGUGCUUUUUGUGGUAUGUUGGCCCAUACCGGUACAGUUUUCGGUCGGGUAGGACCCCGGGUGGCAGUAGUCUGCUUCUUGUCUUGAUUUUUUGCUGCUGCUGGGCUGGCCUGCGCGCGCGCCUUUCCCUUCUUCAAUGCUGCUCUCGUUUUCCUCGUACUUGACCAGCUGAUAGAAGUGUAACAGAUCGUAGGAGCACUACCCACUAAAGCCCAAUCGUGACCAUGCCCGUAAGAGUGGCUUUAGUGCUGCAUAUACGACUUUCGUCUUCUUUCAGUUAUAUAUUUUCCUCAAUAAAUCUUUCACAUGUAUGUCUACCUACACUUGUUUUUAUUUUUGUUCUCUCUGUACAUAGGGCCAAAAGCGCCGCCGGGACUGACAGCCUGAGCCUGCCCGUAGAUCACCGAUGUCAUGCAUAAAAGCAAUUACUACGAGUGCGAUAUUUUUGCAGUUCAUACCAACAUGAGCUACGGCGGAAGAUUCUCCGUGCUGGGAUACUUCUCCGUUUUGCUGGCGUCCGGACUGCAGGCGCCGUUGCUGAAGCCACUACUAGAAUCGGGCGACCUUGUGAACGAUGUCGCAAAGGCAACUUGCAACUUGACCGAUUCGGACCUCGAGCACGUGGCGAAAUAUGUCGCGCCCACCCCGCAUGUGGUCGGUGCUCACAGCACACCGACCGUAAGAUCACACCCAACCGACAGAGUUAUUGCCGUCGGGUACUUGACGCUUUUGGGACGCUGGGAAAAGUAUCAAAUGUAAAAAUGUCUGGGUCUGGAAGAAUGCAAGUUUGUCAUGCUUAUCUGGCAUGACUCUUAAAUCUGUCAUGCACAUUACCAAAGAGCCCCACUUUUCUGUCAUGCAGAAACGUAGUUUGUCAUGCAGAAUAGGGAACACCUAGAAGCUCAGAAGCUUGUCAUGCUGAGCCAGCAAUUGUGGCCUCCUCAUGAUAUGCCACACAGCAUCACAAGUUUCCAGACCCAAACAUUUUUACAUUUGAUAAAAAGGGCGCUUUGCCCACUUCGCAAACCGCGGCGGCCUUUGUGGAGGAGUUGGAAACGCUCUUCCGGAGAAUUAUGGAAGCGUCAGGUUUGAAAUCGUCAAAGUUGAAAUAAUCUGUAAUGCAUAAAAUGCAUCACCCGAGGCACGUGUGUUGCAGAGCCGAUUGUAAGCCUGUUUGGGGUUACAGCUCGAGCUGCUAAAGUAGCAUAAGAAAAUCGCUCUUCUUUGCCUAAACAGCAUGACAAACUGGAUUUAGGGACCGCCGAAAUUUGUCAUGCGCCACUUAGAAAGUGGGUUCCAACUGGCACCCAUUUUAUGCAUGACAAAUUAUUUCAACUUUGUCGAUUUCAACUCUGACACAUCCAUAAGAAUCGCCCGCAGAAUAAACGUUCUAAAUUCCACACUGCCCGCGUGGGGCAGGGGCUUCGGCGACGCGGUGUUUGCAAUGGCCCCGGACUGGUCCACGGUCGAGGCUUUUUUUACCAAGCUGCUGGACGGAAAUCUGCUGAAGGAACACACGCUCGCGAAGUGGGGAUGCUUCUGGUCCCGCGUCAGAGUGCAUGACGCUUACAACUUGUGGAUGAACGUAACAAGGCCUGCUGAUAAGGAUUUAUCGAAGCCGUUCGCGAUCAAGUACCCGCUCGCGGUUCUGGACCCGUCCUCCAUUCCGCUCAACGCGACGGGCGCGCAUUCCCAAAGAUUCUUGAACGAGGACGAACUUUCCCAGGGGCAAGCCGACAAUAUGAAGUGGUACGUCCGGCCGGGCAUGGAGUUCGCGGAAACUUUGCUGUUUUCCACAUUUAACGUCUAUCACACUGCGGUCACCGACAUUACGAACAUGGGGACGGAGCGGGAGUCAAUCGAGACCCGGGUUUUGUCGGUCGACUACUGCACGCUGCCGGUCCGGGCGAGCAGUGAGAUCAGGCUGACCUGCUGGGGGUCGCGUGGAGUUUGAAGUAGUUGCUCUAAUACGUAGAACGUUAAUGUUGUAGCAGCAGUGAUCUUGCUUUAUUGUUUGUUGAAGAUGGCCUAGAGCCACCAGCCGUUGUUUGCCGGUAGCUGCAGUGGUGGGAAACGCGGCAGGCCAUCACGUGUUUUGCUUUUCCUAGAAUAUAUCUCGUUUUUCAUUUAUUUCUAGUUUACUGUGUGUGGAAGGCUUUUCCGCUCACAUUAGGGAUCUGCAUUAUAGUAUGUGGAAGGCUUUUCCGCUCACCUUGAGAAGCGCGCACGCAGCUCUAUUUGGCUGUGUGCAAUGAUCUUCUAGAUGCAUAGUUUUGGUGUCGAGGCGGAACGACAAUUAGAAAGACUAUCAAAAUAUAAGACUUUCAAAAAGUCUUUUAGCUAAAAAGUUCUUAGCAUGGGUAUUAGUACCUCCAGGCGCUUUGUAGCGCCGAGGUAGCUCCAUUGUUGAAGCAGGCUCACAGGUGCCAGUUCUUUUUUUCAGCGGGGUACAGUCUCAACAGCGGAGUUUUAUUGAAGUAGCGCUAGGAAAAAAGGUGGAUAAACGCGUUCAACUUCAAAACACCUUGACGCAUGAACAGAGACAAGCAAACAUCGAUCUGCAGGAGGAGCAGGCGCAGAUAAUACAACACUCAGCAUUUUUUACUUAUCCGCCUCGGUAAGUUUUGGCUUGAUGCUUUCUUUAUUUGCAGCGAGCGCCGGUGCCAACUGAAUUCAGAAGAAAUUCUCGUAGCAGUAGGCUCAAAAUUCUUGUAGCUGCCUUGAAAAGAAAGAAAACGAACUGGAAUCAAUUUUUUUGGUGAUCGCAUAUUAAUUUAUUACAGAAAUACUACCAGCCGAAACUCAUCAACAUUUGUCUGAUUGCCCACUCUGUAAGCACACAUGCCAUGUGACGUGGUGAUUUCUUUAUUGAGCUGAUGGGAGCAGGGAGAUGGCUCAUCGUCGUGCAUGGUGUCCUUCAUGAAACAACACGCAAUAUGAAACGUGUAUGGUGCUGUCCUUCAUGAAACAAGAACAACACGUGCAUCGUGAUGUCCUUGAUCUCCUACGGAGUAUGACUCGUGUAUGAUCAUGCAACGAACGGGAAGAUGAACAGAGCAGAACAAUAAAUUCUUGUUGACAGGUAUGAUCUUCUGUUGACUACUAAAAGAAGUUGACAAGAAAGGGCAUUGCAACACAUUGGGUUUUGAUUUUCCCUAAAAGAGCUAUGAACGGGUGCUGAACUUUCAAAAGUUGAAGAUUGGCGAAGAUGUCAUCGAAAACUGAAUGCUUAUCAUUCGGGGCCUCGUAC